CCACAACCGGCACAAAAGAUGGCAAGAAAGAUAAGGACGGAGACUUUGUCAAGCCAGCGAGCCGAAAAAAACUCAAGUCUGGAGUGGAGGGCGAUAGUGGCAGUGGGAGCAGCAAAGAUAAAAAGUCAAAGGAUGGCUCAGCCAAAUCCAGUAAAUCCAAGAAGUAUGGAAUGGGGCUUAUUUGGUUUGCAUUAUGUUGUGCAUUCUAUCAGUUGGUAUAUUAA